AAACGAGGGGUUAACUUGCUUGCAUGAGGGCUCCGUGAUUAAUUGUUUUGUUAAUUUAAAACAAUGGCUGCUGUAAAAACUGUAGAUGAAAUUAAUGCAGACGAGGUGAUUGAAAAUGGUGAGGAAGAAGAGUUAGACGUGGCCGAUGAAGGCGAGACAAAAGAUCCCGCCAAGAAGAAGAAAAAGAAAAAAAAGAAGAAGAAGACAGCUGAUACUGAAACAACUGGUGAUGAAAAUCCUGAGGUAAAUAAUGUAUCAGAAAAAGUUGCCACAGCUACCAUUGAAGAUACUGCAGAAGGAGAUGCAGCAAAAAAGAAAAAGAAGAAAAAUAAGAAUAAAAGCAAAACUCCUGGCAAAGAGCAAACCAAUCCACCUACAAUACCAAUUGCGGAAUUGUAUCCUGAUAACAACUUCCCUGAAGGUCAGAUUAUGGAGCACGGGCCAGCUGAAGGUAUUGAUGAAAGAACUGCUAAAGAUCGCUUCUCCAGUGAAGAGAAGAGAGCCUUGGACAGAAUGCAACAAGACAUCUACCAGGAAAUCAGGCAUGCUGCUGAAGCACAUAGACAGACCCGUAAAUACAUGCGAGAUUGGAUUAAACCGGGCAUGACGAUGAUACAAAUAUGUGAAGAAUUGGAGUCUACUGCUAGACGUUUGAUUGGAGAGGACGGUCUUAAGGCAGGACUAGCCUUCCCUACUGGUUGCAGUCGCAAUCAUUGUGCUGCUCAUUAUACACCUAAUACAGGUGAUACCACGGUCCUGGAAUACGACGACGUGGUAAAAAUUGAUUUUGGCACACACAUCAAUGGUCGCAUUAUUGACUGUGCCUUUACCCUCCACUUCAAUCCUCGCUAUGAUCCGUUAGUGAAGGGCGUGCAAGAGGCUACAGAAGCCGGCAUUAAGGCAUCCGGAGUGGACGCCAGACUUUGCGACGUCGGUGCUGCCGUACAAGAGGUGAUGGAGUCGCAUGAAGUUGAAUUAGAUGGUAAAGUCUACCAAGUGAAACCCAUCAGAAAUCUUAAUGGUCAUUCUAUUGGACCGUAUCGCAUCCACGCGGGAAAGACUGUGCCGAUAGUGAAGGGAGGUGAGACAACUCGUAUGGAAGAGAAUGAGUUUUACGCCAUCGAAACAUUUGGAUCUACUGGUCGCGGGCAAGUGCACGACGAUAUGGACUGCUCUCACUAUAUGAAGAAUUUCGAUCAGCAAUUCGUGCCACUAAGACUGCAGUCAUCAAAGCAAUUGUUGAAUUUGAUCAACAAGAACUUCGGUACUUUAGCGUUUUGUAAGCGAUGGUUGGAACGCGCGGGCGCUUCACGUUACGCGAUGGCAUUGAAAGAUCUAUGCGAUAAAGGGGUUGUUGAUCCGUACCCUCCUCUAUGCGAUAUAAAGGGCUGUUAUACGGCACAGUUCGAGCAUACUAUAUUACUUCGGCCCACAUGCAAAGAAGUAAUUUCCCGCGGCGAUGAUUACUAGCAUCAAUCGGACGCGAACGACAAUACGAAUGAAAUUAAAACGCUACUGCUGGAAGACUUCUAUUAUUUGAGGGUCGUUGCAACAUCAAGGGUUAUGGCAUGACAUUUCAAACACCUCCUAUUGUGGAGGCGCAGAUGGAUAAUUGAACGAACGCGCCGCGCCAUUU